AUGUUGCUAUUGAUUGAACGAACAAACUUGCGGCCAUUAUCAUUGUGUGGUGCCAAGUCUUCAAGUUCAUACAUACCCAAAAGAAAUGUUUAUUCGAAUAGCCUUCGAUCCGGAAUAAUCGAUUCUCAUUCAGAAAAAUUCCCAAAAGUAAAUAGGGUCAAGCAAGACGAAGUGAAUAAAUUGCAACAUGAAUUGAAUACAGUGCUGAACGACAAUCGGUUCAAGUUUCUGAAGAACCCUACUACCCAGAAAUUUAACUGGGAUGAAUAUUUGUCGAGGGUGACGCCGGUUGAUGAGUUUAAUUUUAGCCUCCUUGGCAAGUUUCAUCCACCUUCAGAAGAUAAAGAACUAAAGAAAACUGGCUAUAAAACUAACUCAAAGUUCGCUGGGUCAACGAGCUCUUUGACUGGUUUACUCUCACAAAUUCAUUUUUUCAUUAGCAAGUGGAAACCACCUAGCUUUCUAGGACUAUCAAAAAAGUUUCUUGUAGCUAGGAACGAAAAACACUAUACUCGUUUGUGUCGUUCACCUACUUCCGUACAUCUAUCCUUUCAAAACGGCCUGUAUUGUAUUGACAAAGAUCAUAGCUUAACAUCACAAGAAAGAAAGAAUACGAUUCUGAUGAAUUUAGGAAAAUCUUUAGAAGCUUUUUUUACUCUACGAAGAGAAGAAUACGGUCGUUAUCUGAAAAGUGAGAAUUUAUCAGAGAAGCCAAAACCUCAAAUUGAUGUUUUUCAAUAUAGCAAAUGUCGGAGCCUCCUCAUUCGAUCUCAGUUGGAUUGCAUUGAUAAGACUUUACCGAAUUCCGGUGUCUUUGACUUAAAAACAAGAGCUGUGCUUGGAGUACGUCUAAAUCAAGCUGAACCCGAGAACUACAAUUCUUACACUCUUGAAAAAUAUUACGGAAAUUUUGUUUCUUAUGAACGAGAAUAUUAUGAUAUGAUUAGGUCGGCGUUUUUGAAGUACAGCUUACAGGCUCGAUUAGGCCGCAUGGAAGGUGUCUUUGUUGCAUAUCAUAACACGUGUCAGAUUUUUGGAUUCCAAUAUGUUAGUUUAAAAGAAAUGGACAAGGCAAUUCACUGGGGAAAGAAUGUUGGCGAUGCGGAAUUCAAGCUUAGUAUUCAACUCCUUGAAUCUAUUUUACGAUACGUUUCUUCUAAAUUUCCCAAACAAUCCGUCCGGUUAAUGUUUUCUACGCAAGUAAAGACAAAGGAUCCAGCUCUUCAGGUCUUUGUAGAAGUAGUUUCUGACAAGGAGAAUAAAAAGUUUGACCCCGCCAAGCUUCAAAGAGCGAAUUUAUCUGAGCCUGUGUAUUGUUCUGAUCGGUUUUACGCCUUUCAGAUUCGAUUCACCAAUUUCGUUAACGGGCAAAGAAGGUUCUUCAUUCGGAAACUGCGUGACACUGACAGAUGGACUAUUAAAUACAAAAUAUAUCCUUUCAUCAAUCAAAGAGCCAUGUAUCAGGAAUAUUUGAUGUUAAGGUACAAAUUGAUGAAGGACGAAACGAAGCCCAAAUUUGUCCCAUAUCGGCUGCUAAACUGGUAUUAUAGAAAGCCAAAACCAAAGAAUACCAAUUCUAUGGAGUCAGAAUAA